UGGAGCAUGGAGGAAUAUGUUUUUGGAAGGAAUCUGUGUAAUGUCAACGUGGCUUUUUCUGAUUGAGUGGUUUGAGUAUUUCCGAUUACAGGUUAUUAUAAGCAACGGCUACAGUAACUCUCUGUAAGUUUAGAAGAAAAAGUUGUGAAGUUAAGUACAAUCAUGUUCAGAACAGUUUUUGUUCUGAUUCUCGCCAAUAUUGCUGUUUAUUUUGGAGAUGCGGUUACUUGCAAGGGAUGUGUUUCAUUAGAUUCACACUCAUUUGACAAGGUUGUACCAAAAUUCAAGGCAGCUAUUGUAAAAUUUGAUGUUGCAUAUCCUUAUGGGGCUAAACAUGACGAGUUUGCUAAAGUAGCUGAAUCAGCAAGUACCAUUUCAGAUCUUCUGUUUGCCGAAGUUGGAGUGAAAGAUUAUGGCGAGAAGGAAAAUACAGAUCUUGCUACACGGUACAAUGUGAAGAAGGAUGAUUUUCCUGUUGUUAAACUCUUCGUUGCUGGCAAAGAUCCAUACACUUUUACAGAUUCAGAUUUUACAGAGGAUAAUUUGAAGAAAUUCAUCCAUUCUAAAAGUGGUAUUCGCAUAAGGCUCCCGGGGUGUCUUGAUGAGUUUGAUAACUUGGCUUUACAGUUCAUGACAGCCAAUGAUGAUCAAAGAAAAUCUCUUUGGCAGAAAGGAGAAAAGUUAAUGUCUAAAAUUUCUAAUGAAAGGGAGAAGAAGGCAGCAGAAAUGUAUGUAAAAACUAUGCAUCGAGUACUUGAGAAAGGUAAUGAUUUUGUAGGAAACGAAUUAAAACGUCUUGAGAAACUGACAAAAAGUAAAAUAAGUGAAGAGAAGAGGGAAGGAAUGCAACAAAGGCUCAAUAUUUUACGGUCAUUUGAGCAUGAAGAAUUGUAAAUGUACACAUAAAAUUCAGUUUGAAUCCAUAAUAUUUAUGGUGAAAGAUUAUCUACCUUCAUGGGACAUAUGGUGGUCUUAAGGGGUUAGUUAAGGUUUUGUUAAGUUUGAAAGCCACUGAAAACUAUUUAGUUAGCAUUAAAAAGAAGUUCAAAAUAUUUCUAGUCUCAGUGGUUCUUGUCAGACUCUUAUUUCAGUAAUGAAAAUGUGCUUUCAUGUAAAGAUAAAAAAGAUUAGUAAUUUAAAACUUUUUUUGUUUGUAAUUUAUAUAUUAUUUCAAUACUUUUUGCUGGACUAUUUUUUUGGGAAUUCACUUGGAAAUAAAAUUAGUUUUUGGUAUUUUGGAAAAUUUGUGUACUUAAAUAAAAUAAAAAAAUAUGGGAAUAAAUAUUUGCAACAA